AUGGCAAUGAACGAAGAUUUCAGUUUCACUGAAUUGUGUAGAUUAUGUUCGUUGAAGAGCAAUCACCAGCUUCAAAUAUUCGACAAAGAAGGCGAACAGAGACAAUUACUUUUUAAAAUACGCUCCUGCAUUCCUGCUGUAAUAACGAAAGAGGACGCUUUGCCCAAAAAUAUUUGUCAGAGAUGCGUAUACAAAUUGGAUAUGUUUUACGAGUUUCGGGUGAGCUGCAUGACGACCGAUACUGUGUUAAAAAAUUACGCGGACAGUUUGAAGCACCUCGCUGCAUCUGUAAACCAGGGCACUGAUAAGGACAAGAUGUCUAAUGGUAGCCAGCAACAACAGCGAUCGGCUUAUGUGGAAGCGCAUGCCGUGGCUCAUGCUGCAGUACAGCAACAUAUGGCACAACAAGCUGCACAAGCGAGGCUUGCUGGCCCUGGUCCACCUGCGACACCUCAGACACCUAAUCCAACCUUUACCUUACCCGACGAUGGUUUGGGUUAUGACGAUGGUGUACGCGUACUCCGCUCUAUCGGAACAUGGUCUCCAGAUUAUUCAGCAGCAAUGCGCCCUGGUGGUGUAAUGCCUCCAUUUCCUGGUGCAAUGGAUCAGCAGUUUGGGAGUAGAGCCCCUACAGUAAAUCAGCCAUUAAGAACUACAAACAAUAUAACGUCUCGCCCGGGAUUUGCGUCAAAGGCCACGAAUACAGGUGAACCGGCGACAAAGGCGUUCGCUUGCACCGUUUGUGGCAAAGGUCUUGCUCGUAAGGAUAAGCUCGUUAUUCACAUGCGUAUUCAUACAGGGGAGAAGCCGUAUUCCUGCGAAGUUUGCGGUAAAGCAUUUGCCCGCAGAGAUAAACUAGUUAUUCAUAUGAACAAGUUGAGACACAGACCGGGAGUGGCGCCACUUUCUACACCUACAGCUCCGAAUUCGGAUCAACAGCAGCAACAACAGCAGCAACAGCAACAAGCUCAGCAACAACAGCAACAAGCACAACAACCGCAGCAGCAGCAACAAUCUCGGCAGGAUACUAUACACAAAUUGAAGGAAGAACCAGUUAGUUGGGCGUGUGAAUUAUGCGGUCGAGCAUUAGCCACAAGAGAUGAAUGGAUGCAGCAUGCUCGUUCUCACUUGGAAGCAUCGGCUCCGCCACAACAUGCAGCACCAUAUUUCCCGGGAUCUACAGCUCCUCCGCAAGCAUACGCAUCUGAGAGGCAUUUCUGUCUUAUGUGCCGUACAGAUUUUACAGAUAAGGCUGAAUUUAUGUUCCACGUACGUUCCCAUUUCGAACCUCACGCGCAGCAAACGCCAUCUCAGCAUUCGAGUGGUAAACAAGGAAGCGAUCCUGCAACGGCCGAAUUGAUCGCCCGUGGACUGGUCGAUCCUUCGGGAUUAUGCAGCUAGAAUUAUCCUUCCUGUCAUUAUGCGCCAUCGAUUCGUGUCUUACCAUAGUACAAGUUCUCUACUCCAUUUUGACCAGAACUUCUGCAUAGGAUGUCAUGCGUAUUGUGAUUGUAAUGAAUAUGUACUGAUUUAUAACGAGAGAUACACAGUAGUAUAUUUCUCUAUAAAUAUUAACGGAUACACACAGUUUAUCGUUUGUUUCACGCUGCAAGGGAAACUAAAUACAGCUUUUAAAAAUUGUUGUACGAAUCCUUUGAAUAUCGCAUAAUUCGUUCGUCCGAUAGUUGAUCACAAGUCAAUAAACAUAAAGUGCACUGCUUUCAGGAAAUAACAGAGAACAAUAUUUUUUUGCAUUGCACAUAUCACCGAAAUUAAAGAUUUCGAAUUAACAUAGGAGUACUACUGUGUAUCCCGAAUAUUAUAUAUAAUAAAUUGGGACAUACAUUAUAUUCGUCAGGUAUUUAGGUAUUGACGCGAUACUGAUUUAUAUGGUAAGAGAUUAUACUAUUGCGCCAAUAUUUAAGUAUGAUUACUUAAUAGUAUACGUUCCUACAUAGCUAGCUUUCCGCUAUCUUUAGCCAUUAGCAAUAUCUGCCAUGUAACGUACAGGUUUGUUCUCAAUGCUAUUAUAGUUCUUUUUACACAUUUUACGAUCAACGACCUGUUUCGUAUGUUUCACAAUUUGAAGAUUUUAUUGUUUCGAAGUAAUUAUAUUUUUUAAAUUAUACGUUUCGGCGCUU